AUGGGAGGUGUCUUGAGUGCUUAUUCCCUGAGCUCUUCUUGUCCUCUCCCCGCAAACUGUUCAGGUUCCCUGGCACCUUCGGGCCUUGGCAUUGGCUGUUCUGUCCACCAGGAGUGUCCUUUCCCCCAACUCGUAUGCUGCCUGCUGCUCCAAACCAUGUAUCCACCCGGUUGCACCAAGGUGAAGUGUUCCUGGCACCACUGUCUUCCCGGGCUGUUGCUGCAGCUGCUUCUGGCUCUGUGCUUCUUCUCUUAUCUGCGUUUGUCUCAAGACAAGCCCAAGCCCAUGUGGGUCUCUGAACUGGGGGCCCCUUCCCAAGCCACUGAGGGGCCCUCCGCCCACCUGCCCCUGCGCGUCCUGCUGUGGACGUGGCCAUUCAACCAGCCAGUGGCUCUGUCCCGCUGCUCGGAGUUGUGGCCUGGCACAGCUGACUGCCAGCUGACCGUCAACCGAAGCGAGUACCCUCAGGCGGACGCAGUCCUCGUGCACCACCGGGAGGUCAGCAACCGGCCCCAGAUGCAGCUCCCGCCUUCCCCACGGCCCCCUGGCCAGCGCUGGGUUUGGUUCAGCAUGGAAUCGCCCAGCAACUGCUUGAAACUGAAGGACCUAGACGGCUACUUCAACCUCACCAUGUCAUACCGCCGGGACUCUAUCUUCAUGCCCUACGGCUGGCUCGAGCCGUGGCCUGGCCAGCCUGUGGAGACGCUGCUCAACAUCUCGGCCAAGACCAAGCUGGUGGCCUGGGUGGUGUCCAACUGGAAGGAAGACUCUAUCAGGGUGCACUACUACAAGCUGCUGAAGCCACACCUCCAAGUGGACGUGUACGGACGCUUCCACACCCCACUGCCCUAUGCGCUCAUGGCCAAGCAGCUGUCCCAGUACAAGUUCUACCUGGCUUUUGAGAACUCCCUGCACCCCGACUACAUCACAGAGAAGCUGUGGAAGAAUGCCCUGCAGGCAUGGGCCGUGCCAGUGGUCCUGGGCCCCAGCCGGGCCAACUAUGAACAGUUCCUGCCACCCAAUGCCUUCAUCCAUGUCGACGACUUCCAGAGCCCCAAAGACCUGGCGCAGUACUUGCUAGCACUGGACAAGGACUACGCCAGCUACCUGAACUACUUCCGCUGGCGGGAGACGCUGCGGCCUCGGUACUUCUCCUGGGCCCUUAUGUUCUGUAAGGCCUGCUGGAAGCUGCAGCAGGAGCCCAGGUACCAGACGGUGCCCAGUAUCGCGUCUUGGUUCCAGUGA